AUGCACAGCAACUCAGUUGCUUUCUUCGAGUCCGGAGUCGGUACCUUUGCUGCAACGGAAGAGCAACCUAAACAUUCAGCUAUUGUAAAUGCUUCGAGCUCCACUUCAGGACGAAGUGUGAAAUCCCAUCCUUUGUGCAGAGUGUGCUCUCAGCCUUACUCUUGGGUGGAGUUUACAAACCCAAAUUCGUGCAAAGUGCACAACAACUCAGUUGCACUCUUCGAGUCCGGAGUCGGCACAUUUGCUGCAACAGCAGAGCAACCUCAACAAAUGCUUAUUUAA